AUGGGAGGAGGACAAUCAAAGUCGAAAUCACAAAAGAAAAAUGGUAAAGGUAAAGCUAGUAAAACUAAAGACGAAACACCAGCAACAAAUAGUACACCAUCGACAACAACAUCACAUCGUCAAGAUACUGUAACAAUAGAAUCAUCAUCUUAUAAAAAUAACAAUACAAAAGACAGUACGACAUCACCUUCCUCUGCAUAUACCUCCACACCUGCAACUGCAGCUGCUGCAAACCCUGUAUCAAAGCCAAACACAUCAAACACCAAUGCUACAUCACCAAAGUCAUCAAAUGAAAAGGUACAAAAGAAUACUGAUGGAGGAGAUAAAAAUAAGAGAAUAGAAGAAUUUUAUGAUCAGUAUGCAGACCCAGAAGAUCCAACAAAUAUUGGACCAGAGGGUAUUGAAAGAUUGUGUAAAGAUUUGGGUGUUGAACCUGAAGAUGUUAUUGUAUUAGUAUUGGCGUGGCACCUUAAUGCUCAAAGUAUGGGUUUCUUUUCUAAAAAGGAAUUUACAACCGGUUUAUUAAAAUUAGGAAUCGAUUCAUUACAAAAGUUACAAACAUACUUACCAAACUUUAAAAAGGAUUUGGAAGAUCAAAAUAACUUUAAAGAGAUUUAUAGAUUUGCAUUCUUGUUUGCCAAAGAGAAUCCACAAAACAAAAUUCUGGAAAUUGAGAGUGCUUGCAGUAUGAUGUCACUUAUAUUGACACUUAAAUAUCCACAUGCUGAUAAACUUGUAGAUUAUUUAUUAAAUCAUCAAACAACAUAUAGAGGAUUAAAUAUGGAUCAAUGGCUUUCAGUAUUUGAAUUUGCAAAGGUUAUUGCACCAGAUACUUCAAACUAUGAUGAGAAUGGAGCUUGGCCAGUCCUUUUAGAUGAAUAUGUCGAUUGGGUUAAAUCAAAAACAAACUAA